AGCAAAGACAAUAAAGCUAAACACAAUUGUUUCAUCAACACAUUCGCAGGUCUCCAAAACCAAGUCAUUUUAUUCAUCAUGGACAUGAAGAAGGUAACUUGUGCCGUCCUCAUUGCUGCUGCCUCCAUGAGUGCUGCAGUGGCUGCCGUUGAGGUUCCUGCCCCAGCCCCUGGCCCAAGCAGUGGAGCCUCAGCUACCUUGCCCCUUGUUGGCUCCUUGGUUGGUGCCUCUGUCUUGUCUUUCUUUGCCUUGUUCCACUAAUUAAGCCAACAUGACAUGGCGACAGACAUAAAAAGAAAAAAACGAAGAAUGUGAUAAUCACAACAGAAUGUAUGAAUGGAUGAUGAGAUUUUGUAAGAGAAAAUAUUCAUAUUGAUAUUAUUUAAUGAAUUAGAAUGUUCAUGCUAA